AUUUUCAGUACCAAUGCAUUUUCUCGGUAUUUUCUUAUCGGUCAUUAGCGUUGUUUCCAUGAUUCAAGCUUGCCCAUCACGUACAGGACCUCCAGGUCUUCCAGGUCCGCCAGGACGAGAUGGACGAAAGGGAAAUCCAGGAAGGAGAGGAUAUCAGGGAGCUGAAGGAGAUGUGGGAGAUCGUGGACCAGUAGGAAGCCCUGGAAUUCAAGGUAUUCAAGGUCCUCCGGGAGAUGUGGGAGAGGAAGGAGAAAAAGGAAGAGUUGGAAUUUUAGAAACCGCAGAUAUCUGGCAUGAUUUUUGUGCAUUAAACAAACUCUUCAAGGAACAAUGUGUCGCUUCAGACGAGCACAUUAUUUCGAGUUAA